GCCAGAGCGAUAAAGAUCGGGAAAAAACUGAGCAAACAUGAGUGACAAAAGCUGUUAGUACGAUAUGGAUCAUUGGCAGUCCCGCAGAUUUACUGAUAGCUGAUACCAAACUAAUCACUCUGUGUGUGUUUUUGGGUGCUUCUGUUCAUUAUGAGGAUAAGCGGCGUGAAGAGUGUGUUUCCAGUUUUGUCUGUCGCUGUGGUUUUUCUCUAUUUGAGCUCGGUGAAAUGGGAGAUAAAAACGCAAGAGGAGAAACUUCAGCAAGUCCAGCAGAACUUGUCAUUGCACAGCUCUCUUCUGCUCCACAAACUGGACAAACUGGAGGCUCAUUUGAUUGCUGUGGAAGAAAGUCGCCUUAAGGUAAAAAGUGAGAAGAAACCAGCAAAGAAGCUAUUCCUAGACUCAGACCUGUUCAAGAGAUGGAGUGUGGAGCUUUCAGAGGAUGAACAGAGGAAAGCUGAGGAUCUCUUUCAGAAAUAUGGAUAUAAUGCUUUCCUCAGUGAUCAACUGCCUCUGGACCGAGAGCUGCCGGACACUCGAGACCACAGAUGCAUUGAACGUGAAUAUCCUCCCGAUCUGCCCACCAUCAGUGUGGUGCUGAUUUAUCUGGACGAGGCUCUGUCUGUCAUUCAGAGAGCCAUUUACAGCAUCAUCAACAAAACUCCAGCUCAUCUACUGAAGGAGAUCAUACUGGUGGACGACCACAGCACUAACGAGGAUCUGCAGACGCAGCUGCAUGUUUACAUCAGCUCCAUCAAUGAGAAACACCCAGGCCUGGUGAAGAUGGUGACCCAUCCAGAACAGAAAGGCCUCUCGCAGGCACGAAUCUCAGGUUGGAAGGCCGCCAGCGGGGACGUGGUCGCCAUUCUGGACGCCCACAUUGAGGUCCAUGUCAAAUGGGCGGAGCCUCUACUUGCACGUAUCCAGGCUGAUCGCACACUAGUCUUGAGUCCUGUGUUUGAUAAAAUUAAUUAUGAUGAUCUGGAGGUGACUAAGUAUUUUGCCUCUGCUCAUGGUUUUGACUGGGCUCUCUGGUGUAUGUAUGUGACGUUCCCGAAGAAGUGGUACAAUCAAAACGACCUUUCGCUGCCAGGAAAGAGUCCCUCUGUAAUGGGAAUACUGGUGGUGGAUCGUCUGUUCUUCGGUGAGAUCGGGACUCUGGAUGAAGGGAUGCAGGUGUACGGAGGAGAGAAUGUUGAAUUGGGAAUACGGGUAAUUCAUCAUCAUACUACAGCUUUGAUGAUUUUACUAUAUUUACAUGCUGCACAAUGGUGUCGUUGUUCAUUGUUGACUUUUGGAUGUGUUUUGGUUCAGGUGUGGCUGUGUGGAGGGAGUAUAGAGAUUGUGCCGUGCUCCAAAAUUGCACACAUUGAAAGGGCGCACAAACCCUACAUGCCCGACCUGAGUAACGUCAUGAAGAGAAACGCUCUCAGAGUGGCAGAAGUUUGGAUGGACGAGUACAAGAAAAAUGUCUACAUGGCUUGGGGUCUUCCCAUGCAGAAUCAUGGGAUAGACAUUGGUGACUUAUCAGAGAGAAAGAAACUGAGAGAGAGGCUGAAAUGCAAACCGUUUAAAUGGUAUCUGGAAAAUGUCUAUACUGAGUUAAAUCCCAUGGAUGAUUUGCUUGGUUAUGGCGCGCUGAUUAAUGAUCUGCAAACAAGUCUAUGUUUGGACAAAGGGCCGUCAGAGGAGAACACUCCUAUUUUAUAUCCAUGCCAUUUUUUAACCUCACAGGUGUUUUUCUAUACAGCAAGUGGGGAGAUAUUAGUCGGUCCCCUUCAGCCACUUUUACACAGCCGAAACCGCUGUCUUGUUGAUCCUGGUUUGGGACGGUUUCCAGAGUUUUCCUGGUGUUCAGACACUGAGAAACCAAAACACAUGUACUGGGACUUCAAACAGGGACAGCCCAUACAGAACAGAGACACCAAACGCUGUCUGGAGAUCAGUACCAAACAGAAAGGAGACUAUAAAAAUAACGUUUUCAUUCAGGAGUGCAGAAACCAACACUGGAGGAUACAACAUGUAAUUAAGGACUUAUGAAAUGUAAGGUAUACGUAGUUUAUUUGAAAUGGUGGAGAAACUUUCUAGACUUUUAGGGACAGUACUAAUAGUGAUGUUGAAUUACAGUUCAAGCAGAAAUGCUAACCAUGUCAUGUGACUGUUAUUAACCAACAUCAGUGAACCGUGAACAUUCAACUAUGACAUUAAAUGCAUUGGACAUUUUGAUUCCUAAAGGUUUGAGUGACAAAACGUUUUGAUCGAAGCUUCAGCAAUUUAUAACAACAGCAAAAUUUGAUAUGGUCAGAACUAUAAUCUUGAUAUAGCUAAAAAAAACUCAUGGUGUUUUCCAAACGGCAUAUGUCACCCUCCGAAG